GCCGCCGCCGCCGCCAUCAUCCGGAGGCCCCGUGGCUUUUCAAUGGAGGAGCAGCCCGGGCAGCAGCAGCAGCAGCCUCCGCCGCCGCCGCCGCCGCCGCCUCCCCAUCACCACCACCACCACCAUCACCACCAUCACUACUACUACUACAACCACAACCACCAUCAACACCACCAGCAGUACCUGGCCGAGGGCAGCGGGCCCGCCAAGGCCCAGCCGCAGAAGGCGCCGCUGCAAGCGCUGAAACAUGAGCCCAAGCACGGAGGCCUCCCGCCGCCAGAAGCGCCCAGGAAGAGAGCAGGCUACGGUGAGCUCAACGGCAGCGUCGGGGAAAGAGAAUGCUCUGGGAAGAGUUUGAACGCCGGCGAUGCGUCUGCCCCAAUCUCCAGGGUGCCCAAUGGCAGCCAGCCGCCCGGAGACCCUAACCUGACCCUGAAACAGACUGUGAAGGGGAGCGCAUUUGGGAAACCAGGUCUCAAGGCCAAGAGUUUUGUUCCGAAAGGUGGCAUGGACAAAAAGAACGAGAAAUGCUACGAGAGUAAAACAAGGGAGGGGCCCUCCUCGGAUAAGCCGGAGGGCCUCCCCAUCCCCAACGGCGUGGUUGCGAACAGCUCCGGCUAUAUCACCAAUGGUUACGUCAGCAAAGGGGCGGACAAUGAUGGGAGCGGCUCGGAGAGCGGCUACACGACGCCCAAGAAGCGGAAAGGCCGGCGCAACAGCGCCAAGGGCUGCGAGAACCUGAGCUUGGCGCCGGAGCAAGUGAUGCAGCACGAGCCGCCCCUUGCCGCCCCAGCCUUAAAGCAAGAGCCGGAGGGCUUCAAGCCGGACUGUGGGGAGCCCAAAGCAGGGAGCCGUAUUGACGGCCUGAAGCCCGCUUGGAAGUGUGAGGCUGGGGGGUUGGGGGUGGGCCGCGGGAAGCCGGGGGUCGGGGACGCACAGCGGAAGAACUCGGACACCAAAGUCGGGCCGGCCAGCAAAAAGUUUGAGGAGCGGCCCAAGGGAAAGCAUGGGCCGUUGGCGGCCGCCUCGAAAGAGGACUCUUGGACUCUCUUUAAACCGCCCCCGGUUUUCCCGGUGGACAAUAGCAGCGCGAAAAUCGUUCCCAAGAUCAGUUAUGCAAGCAAAGUCAAAGAGAACCUCAACAAGGCCGCUCAAAAUCCCGCCCCGUCUCUGUCGUCAUCGUCCUCCUCCUCCUCGUCCUCCUCUUUGUGUUCCUCCUCCGCAGUCGAAGUCCAGGUCCAGACCUCCAGCCGCCUCUCCCAGGUCCCCAUGUCUGCAAUGAAAUCCGUCACUUCGGCCAACUUUUCCAACGGGCCGGUCUUGGCAGGGGCUGACCGCGGUGCGUGUCCGGCGGGGACCCCGUCUCUGCUCAUGCCCAUGGCCAGCGCCGUCCUUUCUGCGGCUUCUGAGCUGGUACCCCAGGACGGGGGUCCGACCUCGCUGGUUGCGGAGCCGCAGAAGCCGGGCCUUUUUAUCUACCCGUCAAAUAUGCAAGCCCUGCUCAAUGCUGCUGCCCAGGCCGAGGCGCCCAUCCCGACGAGUCAGCAGAGCCUUGGUGACAUCUUCCAGAACCAGUGGGGUUUAUCGUUUAUAAACGAGCCCAGUGCGGGCCCAGAGACGGCUGGGCGGAAGCCGUCGGACACUAAGGCCACCGAGGUGACAUUUCAGGGGGACUGCCCUGCUGCCUUGGGGUCCCAGGGGGCUGAGACGGCUCCCUCGGGCCCUGACCACCCUGUGUUUCCCAAGGCUUAUGAGCUGGACAAACGGACUAGCCCGCAGCUCCUUGGUGGUCUCCUAAAGCUGGGGAUUUCUGGCGAGGGGGGCGGCUUUUUGCUGGAGUCCCAUCAGCCGGGCGGCCCGCGGCAGGCCGAACCCGGGGGCCUGGGGGCAUUCGUGUUUCUCGCCAAGGACUAUCAUGUAGAGAGCCGCCUGGCCUCCCCUACGAACAGUUUGUUAACCUCCGCCAAAGAACAGAGGUACCAGAGAGGCCUAGAAAGGAGAGCGAGCCGGGGCGACUUUGACCUGAGGGCCGCCGUUCUAUAUCACGCUCAAGAAAUGGAAAAUAUUCGUAAUUUGCAAAAGCAAGAUCCCAAAAGGAUAAUCACUUACGACGAAGCCAUGGAUCACCCUAACCAGUGAUACGAGCAGAGAGGCGUUGCUUGUCUCCUCUUAGCAACUACGAGCUGCCCCUGGAGGGAUUGGGGGUGGGGGGAUGGCGGCCACCGCUCUGGUGCUUUUUCCAGCACUCUUUGGUGCGGCAAAGGAACUAGAGUUGCAAGAUCAUUCUCUCAUACAUAUAUAUAUAUAUAUAUAUAUAUAUAUAUAUAUAUAUAUAUGAGAGAGGGAGUUAUUUUAGAAAUUCAACGAGAGGCUGCAGCAUGAACGACUUCACAAGGAAAUUGGCAGAGAUGUACGUUCUGCGAUUAUUUAAACUCCGGUUCUGGAUUUUUCACCUCCUCCCCUUACUCUGACUCUUCUCUUUUUUGGAUCCCCCCCCCCCCCGCCCCUCCGUUUCCAAAACCGGACACGGGCACAGACUCUGCCUUACUACCAUGGCCCUGGACUUCUACGGGAGAGGGCGUUUCGGCUUUUGUUUUGUUUCUGUUUUUUUCUUCUUGGGACUCUGCAAUUGUCGGUAACACACUAACCGUGAGGAAAAUGGGAUGUCGCCCGCCGGCUGCCGGCCUCCCAACUUCCUGCUCGCUUCUCGUCUCCUUCCCACCCUCCACAGCACCCCCAUUUUCAUUGUCCUGGAAUCCCGCAGAGAAAGGGGCGGAUCAGGUGGGGCGGACUUGAAGCAUUGCCGUUAUUUUAAUUCUCUUCCUCCUCUUCUCUCCCUUUGGCAGAAGUUGAAGGUGGUGGUGGGGAGAUCUGUCUUAAAACAUGAUGUGUGUCUCUUCCCCUCCCCCCCCCAAAAACAAUCUAUUGAAAAAUAUCACUCUGCACUUCUGGAAAUCUAUACAGUGGCCAAAGCGCUUGGUUCUACUUGGGAAAGAUCUGUCAUCUUCACUGCCGCCAUCCAAAACUAGAUCGUCGAAGGGGUUGUGGGGUGUGGUUCUAUGGAGGCAUUCAGGGUUGGGGUGUAUGCGUGUGUGUAGGUGUGCAUGUGGGAAGAUUUAAAAAAACAAAACCAUAACUUUAAACCUUAUGCCCAGGAGGAAGCCCCCGCCCUCCAAAACCUGUCCAGCUUUAUAGGUACUCUGUAUCCCUCCCCCCUCUAUUGACACUUAGCUGACCGUUCUUUUUCGUUGUGAUUCUCCGUUGCAAAGUUGAAACAGAAGUAACUUCUGUUUUUGCUAACUUCAUACAGGCACACAUGUUAACUUCUGUUCUAUAGGGUUAUUUUUUUCAAAGGUGGAAAAACGGAUCACCCUGCCUCCCGUCCCCCCACCCUCCUCCGUGUGUGUGUGUGUGUGUGUGUGCGUGCGUGCGUGCGUGCGUGCUGGCCCUCCACUGCCUGCCCUUUUGCUCUCUGGUUCUCACUUCCUUUUUUCCUGAUCUGGACACUAAAGGGUAAUUAUAAUUGAUUUCUGCUCUCCGUCUGUAUAUUUUUGUCCUGAGGUCUUCUGCUUCCCCCCCCCCUCCAUAAUUCUUUCACCACGAGGGCAGACCUGAGACCGGGGUGGUGGUGGUGAUGGCGGUCAGACUCGAAAACUUUUUAAAAUCCUCUUCCCUUUCGAUGGCCCCCGGUGUUUUGGGGUGGGUAGGCCAGCGGGACAGACUAUGGGUUUCGCAAAUAUGGGGGGUCUUUUUACGUGCAACAGUUGAGAUGUGUGUGUGUGUGUGUAGGGGAGUUGGUGCAGUUUAUCUCCACCCUGCAGAGCUGUAGUCCACCGCUUUACACUUUUGUGUGCGCGUCCUUUAACAUACACCUUUCAAAAACACACCUUCCCUGGGUUCUGUGGAAGUGCGCUGCAGACACAAAAUGACACUUUUCCCUUGGAGCCGUUUGAAAGACUGCUGGUUCCUCUCCCCACCUUAGCAAAGGUGGUUUCUUUCCACUUGUCUCCCCAGUAUGAUUUAUUGCUUGCUGCCUCCGUUCUGGUACUAACCUCCCAAACCCGAAACAUGCUUGUGCGCACAUACAAAACCCCACAAGUUUUGCUAGGAUUGACCAGUUACGGCAAGGAUCGGUCGUUCGUUCAGCUCUUUUGUGUUUUACUCUGGCAGAUGCGCAAACAUGUCGGUGGCUGUUCUGCCACCCUGGAGACCUUCCCCCCCUUCCUGGGGCUGUUUCCCGCAUCCCUCACUGAGCCUGAGACCCCUUGUGAUGUCUGAAACGCUUUGCCUUUUCCUCCUGGGUGAAACCUUCUCUCCCCCACUCCCAUCUCUGCUUCUUGUUUUAAGCCCAUUUUGUGGGAAACCUCAUUUAAUUUUUGUGUAAAAUUUAGAGGUGGGCGCAAAACUGAGCUGUGAAUGAUGUAGCACAUGGAAAUAAUGCUACUGUAUAGAGGCAUCGUUAUUAUUAAUCCCCCCUUUAGCUCGAGAGUAUUAGUACUGUAGCAUAAACCAAAUACAGGCAAAGUAUUGUGUGCGUAUGUGUGCAUCCGUUAGGAGUGAGUGUGAGCGAGCGAGAUGGUCCAUAACUUCUCAACUCACCUUUCUGCUCCUGUUUGGGAACCGAGUUCUGGUUCACUCGUGACCCCUUGAACUGGACUCUUGGUUUUCCAAAAGGCUUCCUGCGUCCGCUGCCUGUGGCCACUCAAGAACAGAACAGCGAUCCGUUUCUUGACAGAAAGGAUUCGUGGAAUUCGUGGCUUUCCUUUUUUGCAUCUGUCCUGUUCCCACACAUGUGCAUUUUCUCUUUUGCUGUCACUCUGCCGUGGGCUGUCAGUAUUUUGAGGGAGGAGGAAGGAUGCCAGACUGGGUUCUUGCGUAAAAGAUGGCUGCUUGUAUAUCAGCCGGCUCCACGGGCGAAUUUACGUUGCGGGCAUAACAGAAGCCUAAUUCAGGUGGUAAGCCAUUCUCUUGUGAUUGAAUGCUCCCCAUUUUGUAAGGAUGUGGGGGAAAGAAAACUUCUUGUUUGGACGCACGGCUCAGGCUUACCUGUAGAGCUUUUGAACACUUUUAAAGAGCGUCUGUCUCUCUGUUCCAGCAUUGAGCGCAGGUUGGACUAGAUGUUCUCCAAGGUCCCCUCCAUUCCUGCCACUCUGUCUCUUCUCUUUCUUUUCUCUCUCACCACUCAUCCUGCAAAUUUCUAGUUUCCAACCAAUGUUCUAUACCUAUCUCACCUCUCAUGCUUCUAACCAGUUCCUUUUAAAUCAUGAGACCCGGGAAGAAACCAAAGUUGCCAGCAAAGAUACCACUGCCCUGUAUCUCGCGUUACGGCAAAGAGGAAUUCCCACCUGCCUGGCCUUGCUGAACCCAGGGACUUGCCUCUGUCGUGAGAACGCAGGCUGGGAAAUGCAAAGGAGGCUCAGCGGAUGCCAGCAAAGGCAGGCAGGCCCACCCUCCCCCUCAGAACGGGAUGCAGCGGCCUCUUGAGCACAGAGCUUUGUCUGUGGCCGGAAUGUUCUCAAGUUGUCUUUUUUGUAGUCUUGCUAAUAAGAAGGAGAGCGUGUGCUUAUUUUUUAAAAAAGGCAUUAUUUCUGAUGGUGAUGGGGAAUGAAGCAACUUGAAACCAUCUCCUUAUGCCAGAACUUUUGGCAGCACUAGAUCUCUGCAAGUGCACUUGUUCAGUUGCAGCCGCCAGCCGACCGGCUAGCCUUUUUCUGUUUUCUGCCAUCGUCUUGGGUGCUAAGAAGAGAGCGUGAAAUUGGCACUACUCUGCUUUACUUUUGAGUAAGGAAAAAUAUAUAGGCUGCUAUAGGUGUUGCAAAGAUGAUGUUUCACCAUUGGUUUGGUUUGGAUAGAUCUCCAGCCUCAUCUCUUUUGUUUUCAUACGGUUGCCUUUUUUAUUAUUAUGUUUUGGUCAGUUUUUUCAUUAUCAAUUCCUUAAAAAUAAAAUAAAAACAAACACUCUUUCUUAGAGGUUCUUUUUUGUCGCAUGGACAACUUUCAUUCGCUUGCAUCAAAUCCGUGACAUCGCCCACCUUUCCUCCUCUGCUACCCAAAUAACUACACAAGGGAGCUUAACGUGCGUUGAAAAGUUCCGGGAUGCCCGACCUCGUGUGACACUGAGCACUUGGCAACCUUCUCUUGCCCCCAAGGGCAGGCGGAGAAUGACAAAGUAAAACCCAAUUUCUGAAAUGGCUUUUAACAUCCCCGCAGCUGUGAGAGGGCAUCGUAACAACCGCUGGUUCCAGCGUCUCGUGGUGAUGCAGACCCCAGAUUUCCUUGGCCGUGUCAGGUUGCGUUUGUAGCAUAGAUACAAGUUGAGCAGUGCCCGUUGUAGGGUGACCACGUGAACUUGUGGGAUUGCUGAGACAUGCGAAACUCUGUUUUCCAGUGCGUAAAUGUAGCCCAGUUUUCAUAGCUUGGAGGAAUUCCGAACAAGGAGCCACACGGUUCACAACUCUGAUCUCACAGAGCGUAGAUGCUGUUACCUUUGUGAUUUUUUAUCGAUCCAUAUAAAGUAUUUGAGUGUGUGUGUGUGCAUGCAGAGAGGAGAAGGUGUGUUGGAACUCUGCAAAUAUUUCCUUCUUCCCAGCUGAAGUAUGCCUGUUAAGAUAAUUUUGCCAUUUUCUUGCAUCCUGGUCAGUAGUGUGUAGUUCCUGAAGUUAGUGCAAUCUUUUAUCUCAGGAGUGGGACCAAAUCAAGAAGGUUUUGGCCCUGACUCUUCACCAAGCCGGUUGCAUUGGUGAAAAGGAGGAGCAGCUCCAGCGGGUUCAUAGAAUCAUAGAAUAGUAGAGUUGGAAGGGACCCACAAGGCCAUCCAGUCCAACCCCCUGCUCAAUGCAGGAAUCCACCCUAAAGUAUCCCUGACAGAUGGUCGUCCAGCUGCCUCUUGAAGGCCUCUAGUGUGGGAGAGCCCACAACCUCCCUAAGCAACUGAUUCCAUUGUCGCACUGCUCUAACAGUCAGGAAGUUUUUCCUGAUGUCCAGCCGGAAUCUGGCUUCCUGUAACUUGAGCCCGUUAUUCCGUGUCCUGCACUCUGGGAGGAUCGAGAAGAGAUCCUGGCCCUCCUCUGUGUGACAACUUUUCAAGUAUUUGAACAGUUGGUUGGGCAUUUACUGUCGCCGUUGGGAGCAGAUUUUCAGGCGCAAUGGCCUGAAACGUUUUCUCUAGCUGUCUCCAUUCUCUCUUGACCAAAUAGCUUCUGAGCGUCCUUCUUAGACCUUCACAGUGGCAGCUUUAUGGGACCUUUCAGGAGCCAGCAAGGUUCGCGGUAUGCAUCCACAAAGCCUCUUUAUGAGAGAACACUUCUUAAAAAUAAAUAUGGAGAAAAGGUUGGAUGUGUUUCUUGAGCAUGCUUGAUUGCCCAUAUUCUAAGCUGGUUUUGUCUUUUCAUUGACUGCUGUUCUGCUUUGCCUACAUAAGAUGUGCCUUUCUAGUAAGUGGUUGUGUGCUUAAAUUAUUAUUAUUUUAUUUUACUUGCAUCAGACUGUAUGCCUCCAGUUCACUGAGCUGCCCUGGAUCUUUGUAGGGGUCGGCGUGUAGGGGUAUAUGUCCCGCUUCUUUUCUCUCACUGGGGUUUACUUGCACAACGAUUGACAACCGUUAGACUCGGGACUUCUUCACUGAACCAGGUGCGAAACUUUUCAACUCUUUAUAUGCAUAUGUCUCUGCGUAUCCAUACAGUCAUGAUGUGUCUCUUUUUAGGCAGACAUUUCUUUGAUUAUUUUAGAAGGUUUCCUUGCAAUUCCAGGACAUGCAAGUUUCAUUUUGAAGGGUGCAAAACUACACCAUUAAUUUGCCAUUGAGAGUUGCAUUGGAGUUAAACAUUCAAUAUUAACUUCUGUACCUGUCAUAUCUGUGCAGGGUGUUAUUUUAGUUGGUCGGGAAUUCCUUUCCAGAUCUUUUCUUUUUUUAGCAGUGGGGUGGGUGGGUUUAGUUUUAGGAAUAGGUGGCAAAACCAUCUUGCAUUUGAAAUAAAUUCUGGAGAGGUGCUUGCUCAUGACCUAUUGAAUCAAACCUGGACUUUCAACUCCAAUUUUGAUUUUUCUCCCCCAAAACAUACAACGUAUGGGUUCAUAGGAGUGUUAGCAUCUCUAUGCCUGCCACUCUGUGUGUGUAUGUGUGCGCGCGCAUCAGCUUCGUGUGCAUUGAAAGUUUUAGAAAAGUAAUGCCUUUUGCACAUUUGAGUUUCUCUGAAGCUCAUUCGAGUGAAUGGAGAGACUCACCCGUGCUUCUAAGAAGUGUGUGUGUGUGUGUGUAUUAAGUUAAAAAUAUUGGGGACUUCUUUUAUACUGAUGUGUCAAGAAUUGCUGCUGGUGCCCCCCUCCCCCGUUACCCUAGUAAUCUGGUUUGGUUGAAGUUAUGCUGUAUUCUCUCUAAUAGCUGGGCCACCCCCUCCCUGCUGUAUUCUCUCUAAUAGCUGAGCCACCCCGUACCUAAAAACAGUUGGCACCUUUUCUUUCCGUUCCUCUCUGCAGCCUCUACAACCCUUUUCAAUUACAGCUGAGCUACAAAUGACAUUUUUUUAUUUGAGGUUUAAGUUCCCCCUGCGGCAUGUUGCAAAUUGACUCGAGGGCUGGGUACAUGUGUGGGUGUGUCUAAAUUUUGCAAAUUUGAAAUGAAAAUCCCCCAACUUGCAAACGUGCACAACUACAUGUCUUAAUUUGUGUGUGUGUGUGUGUGUGUGUGUGUGUGUGUGUGUGUGUGUGUGGAGUUUGAAUUCUGGAAAACUUGAUUGUCUUGAGCCCCCGAAUCUCCGAUUCACACCAGACCUUUUGCAAGCUGUUCUAGGGCGCCGAAUCGCUGCCUUUCUGUCUAGGCCAGCGUUCCUUACAAUACUACAAAUCCCAACACCCCCAGUCAGCAUGGCCAUUUAUCAAGGGGCGGGGGUUGUUUGGGGGAGGCUUGCGGCAAUGGGUUGUCCCUUCUUUUCUCUCCCAUUCAAAUUCAACAUGCUCUCCGCAGACUGAAGCCUUGCAGCUUCCUUUCAGGGGCGGCUUCCCUUCGCAACCCCCCCGCAGGAAUGGCUUGAGGCAGCCUCGCUGCCUCAAUAUUUUCAUUUUGCAGCAAGACCUCGCUUCAUACAGCUUCUGCUCGCCACAGGGGCUCGGUUUUGCUUUUGGGGAGGUCCUGACUGACCCGCAGUGAGCUGUAUAAAACCUUAAGUCUUUUUAGUUGUUGCAAAUAACAGGGGCAAAAGGCAAAGGUUGGCUGGGGUGUGUGUGCAAGGGAUUCCCUGCAAGAUAAACUUCUGGAGUGCUCUUUUCAGUAGCAAACGGGGGUGGGGGUUUUUUUUGCUAAGAUUGGGAGAGCAAAGGCAAAAUCUCUGGGAAGUUCAGAGAUUUUCCUUCCCCCACCCCUCAGGUUUUUUUUUUUAAAAAAAAAUGUUUUGUUUUGCAGAGGGUAAAAUUGGGGUGGGCAGUUGCACGGGGUGGUAUUUCUCAGACUGUAGAAACUGGGUUUAUGUGUGUAGGGGAUAGCGGGGGAAGAGUCUCAAAUGAAAGCAUCAGAGUUUUCCUUCCUUAGUUAGUACAACCUCCGUUAAGGCUGUUCAAGCCGGGUCAAUUUUGUCAACUAUGGAAGCCAAAUCUCACUUCUUUCCUUCUUUUUUUUUUAAAAAAGUACAACGUCAUGUUUGAAUUCUAUUCUGCAACCGUUCUUAAAUGUUCUAAGUUGCCCGCCCCACCCUGAAAAAAUCUAUUUUAUAUUUUAAUGAAGAAAAAUAAAACUAAAAUGGGAGAGAGAGAUGUGUGUAGAACAAAUAAAUUAAGAGAGAUGCUACAUGAUGUAAAUUGUUGAAUAAACAUUUAAGCUUCCA